AUGGGGGAGGGGGGGGCAACAGCGGCUUCCCAUUGGCUGGUGGCAGCCGCGUCAUGGCCGGGCUCGCUACGGAUUGGACAAGAGGAGGUCGCUGUGAUUGGUCCGCGCUGUGGGCAGCGUCUGAUUGGCCGCUGGCAUCAACGUCCGGACCAAUCACUGGCGGCUCGGCGGCGGCGGCAAGAUGGCGGCGGUGAGCGGGAGGUUGGCGGCGGCGGCGGCGGCGGCGGCCCGCAGAGGCUUCCCAAGCAGUUUGCUAAGUUGAAGGGUGCUCUUUGUUGUAAAGGGUGGCUUCCAUUCCAAGUUGUCGUGCGUCAUGGAUCUAAAGCAGUGACCCGCCAUCGCAAGCCCAUACACAUCCUGCGGCAGAAGUUGUUGGCUGUCACGGAAUAUAUGCCUCCAAGGCCUGCCGUCCCAGAGAGAUGCAUCAAACCUUGGGAGCAAGAUGUUCAUGAGCCAUCUAUCUUGGAGAAACUGAUACGGCGUGAUGUGGAAUUCACAUUCCAAGAGAAUAAAAUGAUAGCAGUUUUCCAGAACAGCUCCAUCAAUUCGGAGGACCUGCGGCUUCUUCGACAUCGAUUAAUGAAACACGACAUCCGCAUGAAGUUUUUCCCAAAUCGGGUUAUGCGAUCAUAUCUAACAGACACCAAAUACAAGAACCUGCUGCCUUUGUUUAUUGGUCGCAAUAUCAUUCUUGUCAGUAAGGAGCCCAAAACAAAAGAGAUGCUUCAGAUUGUGCGCAGUUCAACUCAGAUCAGCUUACUGGGUGCUUGUAUUGAAGAUGCCCUCUUCAGUAGACAGGGAGUGGUGAAAUAUUCCAGGCUGCCAGGAAUGCAGGUGAUCCGCGGGGAGGUAGUAAGUGGCCUGACUCAGAUUACCUCUCAGACAUGCCAGCUGCUGAACAAUGGACCUAUGCUUCUCACUAACUUACUGGAGCAAUACUUGAAACAGCAGAGUGAGGCUGUCACUGGACUGAAAGAGUCUGCAACGAUGGAGCAGAAGGAAACGCAGGAAAGCCUAGGAUCUUAAUGCACCCAGAACAUUAGGACAAAAAGCUAAGUUUGAAUCUCAAAGUUCUAAUACUGAUAUUAAAUAUUAGUUGCGAUCCUCCAUCUGUGUAUGUUCAUUUUGUAGGGUUCAAACGUGGUUUGAAGCAGAAAAAAGGGACAAAUAUGUCUGGUUGCACUCAGAUGUAAAGGACUAUUGGCCGAAGCACCAGUCUUGUGGCUCCAAUCUUUUUAAUAGCCUUCUGUAUCACUGUAAAAGGCCUCAUAUUCUGCAUGAUGACAAAUGAAAACAAAUGUAUGAAUAUUCAGAUAAUCAUACCAUAACCAUUUAAACCAAAUGUGUAUGUUCCCUUUGCAGGGAUAAUUUAAUCAGUUGUGUAUUCCAGUUCAGUAAGGACCAAUUGUGAAAUUUGGCCCAAUGUUUGUUUGAACAUAGAACGGUACAGCACAGGAAAAGGGCCUUCGGCUCAGUGGCUAUGCGAAUAUGAUGCAAAAACACACUCUUAUCCGCCUGCACCUAAUCCAUAUCCUGCCAUUCCUCGCAUAUCAAAAGUCUCUUAAAUCCCAUUAUCGUAUGUGGUUCCACCAUUAUCCCAGGAAGUGCAUUUUAGGCAUUUAUUGUGUAAAAAUAAAACUUGCCCCACUCGUCUCCUUUGAACUUUCCCUCUUACCUCAAAGCUAUGCCUUCUGAUAUUUUAUAGUUUCAUCCUAGCAAAAUGCUUCUGACUGUCUACCCUAUCUAUGCCCUCAUAAUUGUAUAUACUUCUUCCAGCUUUCCCCGCAACUUCUGGCAUUCCAGAGAAAACAAUCCAAAUCUGUCCACCCUCUCCCUGAAGCUAAUAUCCCCUGAUCCAUGCAUCAUUCUGGUAAGUCUCCUCUGCGCCCUUUCCAAAGCCUCCACAUCCCUCCAGUAUUGGGAUGACCAGAAUUGCACACAAUACUCUAAAAACCGCCAAACCAACAUCCUAUAUAACUACAUCAUGACUUCCUGGUUCUAACACUCAGUGCCCUGACCAAUAAAAACAAGCUUAGCAUAUACCUCUUUACCGAGCUAUAUACUUGUGUUGGCACUUUCAGGGAGUUAAGGGCCUGUUCCACUCACGCGAUAUUUUUCGGCGACUGCCGGCACCCGUCGUAGUCGCAGCAGGUGGCCGAAAAUUUUCAAUAUGUUGAAAAUGCAG